AUGAGCGCGAGCGGCGGCAGCGUCCGCGAGCUGACGGCCCUCCUCUCUGCGCUGGGCGACGCGCGCCACCCCAACCCCGCGCACGCCGCGCAGCUCCACGCCCGCCUCAUCGUCUCCGCUGGCGCGCGCCCCGACCCGCACCCGGACCCGGUCCUCCUCACGCAGCUCGUCUCCCUCUACGCCGCCGCGGGCCGCCUCGCCGACGCGCUCCGCGCCUUCCGCGCCCACCUCGCCACCGCCAACCUCCGCACCUACGCGGUCCUCGUCUCCGCGCUCGCGCGGCCGCGCCCGGGCCUCGCGUUCUCGCUCUUCUCGGGCGCCUGCCGAGGGCUCCUCCCCAGCCCGCACCUCGUCUCCGCCGUCCUCGCCGCCUGCGCCGGCCUCCCGACCAUCUGCGGUCGCCAGGUCCACGCGUGCGCCACCAAGUUCGUGCCGCCUCGCGACGUGUUCGUCUACACCGGUUUGGUCGAUGUGUACGCCAAGGCCGGGGACAUGGCGGCGUCCAGGAAGGUGUUCGACGAAAUGCCUAGCCGGGGCGCGGCGUCCUGGAACGCGCUCCUCGUUGGUUACGCCAGGAACAAGAUGUGCCUCAAAGCGCUGUCGGUUUUCAGGGAGCUGGCAGGGCAGGGGCGGGAGGUGCCUCUGGAUCAGGUGAGCGUGUCAGGUGUGCUCAGCGCUUGUUCCUGGGCGGGCAAUGUGGACUUUGGUCGCCAGGUUCAUGCGUGCGCCGCCAAGGUGGGGCUGGAGCUGGACGUGGUCUGUGUUAGCAACGGCCUUCUUGACAUGUACACCAGGUGUGGAUGCUCACGGGAAGCUUUGGUUCUGUUCGAUGCUAUGGAUCACAGGGAUGUCAUCACUUGGAACAUUGUCAUUUGUGCCUGCAUUCAUGAGAGCCGCUUCAAGGAGGCUUGUAUGCUGUUCCAGUCCAUGGUCAGGGAUGGUGUCGUGCCAGAUGAUGUGUCCUUUGCUACUGUUCUGCAGGCGUCAGCAUGUAUGCUGUCAUGGGCUCUUGGAGCAAGCAUACAUGCCUCUGUAAUCAAGACAGGUUUCUUGGACAGCGAUGGCAUUGCUAGCUCGCUUAUCACCAUGUAUUCAAAAUGUGGCAGCUUGGACGAUGCACUCCGAGCAUUUCAGUUAGCAAAAGAUCGCUUGUGUGUAAUGUCAUGGACAGCCAUGAUCACUGCACUGCAGCAGAAUGGACAUGGAGUGCAGGCGGUUGGUAUGUUUGAGAAAAUGCUAGAGAAUUGCAUCCCUCCGGACCACAUUACAUUUGUCAGUGUUCUCUCUUCCUGUAGCCACAGCGGACUUAUUGAGCAAGGUCGCAGGUACUUCAAUUCAAUGACUCAAGUUCAUAACAUCACACCUUCAACUGAGCAUUAUGCAUGCAUGGUUGACAUGUUUGGGCGAGCUGGCCUUCUCAGUGAGGCAAAGCAACUCAUUGACCAGAUGAAUGUUAAGCCAGAUGCAUCAGUCCUCGGGGCACUACUUUCGGCUUGCAUGAACUGCAGGGACCUUGAGAUAGGAGAGGAGGUUGCUAAGAAGCUGUUUGUGAUUGAACCAGGAAAUUCAGGGAACUAUGUCUUGCUUGCUAAUAUUUAUGCGUCACAUGGAAGAUUGGAGGAGGCAAAGGAGGUGCGGAGAUGGAUGAUGUUCCAGGAGUUAAGGAAGGAGAAGGGACGCAGCUUAGUCAACAGUAAGAACCAAACCUCUAUGUUAUGA